UAAACCAAAUCAGACAAAAAUGGAUUCAGGAGAAGUGUUAGCGACAAAAUCAUUCAAAGUGAUUGUGAGAAAAGAAGAGGUGGUGGCACCACUUCUUCCACUACAAGAGCAUUGGCUGCCAAUGUCCAACCUCGACCUUCUCCUGCCGCCGCUGGACUUUGGACUUUUCUUCUGCUACAAGAAGCCAGCGGCAGCAGAGCUAGAAGACUCUAUCAACAACGUUGGAGCCAACGGGAUUUCGACGUCGUCAGUAUUUGGGGUACUGAAGAAGGCCAUGGCUCAAGCUCUUUUGCCCUACUACGCCUUUGCUGGCGAGGUGGUGAAGAACUCGAGUGGCGAGCCCGAGCUUCAGUGCAGCAACCGUGGGGUUGACUUUGUUGAAGCAUUUGCGGAGGUUGAGCUUGAAGAGCUUAACUUUUAUAACCCUGAUCACAGCGUUGAAGGCAAGCUUGUUCCCAAGAAGAGCCCUGGCCGAGUUCUCGCUGUCCAGGCGACUGAGCUCAAGUGUGGUGGAGUGGUGGUUGGAUGCUCAUUCGACCACCGCGUAGCCGACGCAUACUCAGCCAACAUGUUCUUAGUUUCAUGGGCGGAACUGGCUCGCUCCAAGCCCAUUACGCACUUCCCUUCGUUCCGGCGCUCACUUCUCAACCCACGCCGCCCGGGCCUCAUCGACCCCGCCUUCGAAGACAUGUACGUCCCGGCUAUGCCGCCACCACCGGAAGACCCUUUAGCUCCCCCCACCGACCAUCUCAUAAGCCGCAUAUACCACGUCAAAGCCGAUGAUCUCAACAAGCUUCAAGCCCUAGCCAGCUCGAACGACCGCAAGAGAAGCAAGCUUGAGUCUUUCAGUGCAUAUUUGUGGAAGUUGGUGGCCAAAAGUUCUCAGUACACUGAUGCAGAAAAGCCAUGCAGGAUAGGGAUUGUCGUGGAUGGGAGAAAGUGGUUAAGCGAAGGAGAAAACAAAGCGAUGGAUUCUUACUUCGGCAAUGUAUUGUCCGUUCCUUUUACGGGCAAGAAAGUUAGUGAGCUAGUCGAAGAGCCGCUCAGUGAAGUGGCUGCUGAAGUUCAUGAGUCCUUGGAAGCGGCGCUGACGAAGGAGCAUUUCUUGGGGCUGAUUGAUUGGGUUGAGGCUCUUCGUCCAGUUCCCGGAAUGACAAGGAUUUAUAGUUACCGGAGGGAAGAUGGGCCAUCUUUUGUGGUGUCGUCGGGCCAGAGGUUUCCGGUUUCGGAUGUGGAUUUCGGGUGGGGCAGGCCGUUUUUCGGGUCGUACCAUUUCCCGUGGGGCGGAGACUGUGGCUACGUGAUGCCGAUGCCGAGCCCUGGCGGGAACGGAGAUUGGGUGGUGUACAUGCACCUCUUUAGGUGGCAGCUGGAGGUGAUAGAGAAGGUGGGUUCUCAGGUCUUUAAGCCAUUGACUUUUGAUUACCUAAUCAACUGUCAUUGAAUAAAUUGUUUUAUUCCCCUCUCAAUUACUGUUUUCAA